CGCAGGGCUCGACCUACCUGCGCGCGCGGCAAGCCCCUGCGCCCCGCGGCGGCGGCGGCAGCGGCGUCCCCCUGAGCCGCCGCGUGACCGCCUCGGCACCGGCCCAGCUGCCACGGCAACCGUCGAGGCGGCCGCGCCGCGCAGGGGGCGGGGGCGGGGACGGCCGGAGCCCGCCGCGCUCCCCCGACCACGUGACCGGCUCCCGAAGGUCCCCGCGGCGCGCGGCCGAGCGCGCCGCCCCUGUCGCAGUCAUGGCCGGCAGGCUCUUCCCCGCCGUCAAGUUUGUCAUCAAAGGAGGCCUGGCUGGAGCUGCUGUAUACGUGGCAUAUGAUCAGGGGCUGCUGGGCAGUGGCACACAAGGUGCUGAAGCCCUUAAAAAAGCUCAAGCAGCACUGCCUCCAGCUAUCCAAGAGUGGACAAGGUACAUAGGCUGGGAGCUCCCACCCACUCCAAGAUUUGACUUUUCCCCCUCUGAUUCCUGGAAUAAAGAAACCUUGUUUGCUGAUAAGAAGCAAUACAAAUUGGGAGACGGGAAGGGAGUUUCCCAGAAAGCAAGAAUAUUCUCUUGCUAUCCAUCUCUUCUUCCACAGGAGAUGGAUAGCUCCUCUGAAGAGGAAGAGAAGCAAAGAUUACAGCACACUUCUCAGUUCCCUGCCAAAAACUAUGUCCAGGACAUGAAAAGGCAGGAAACAGAAAAAGCCAAUCAGUUAUCUGCAGUUGUCUCUUACCUUUGCUGCUACGAAGGGUUCUUGCAAAAGGAAGACAGUACCAGUUGCUGCCAAAGUGAGGAUUGUCAGAAGCGUAAUCCACCGGCAUGUCCAGAGAACAAAAAAAAAAAAGACACGUUAAAGGCCAAUUCUCUGCAGGCUGGACUCCAGAGGGAGUCCAGGAGUCGCAUAGCUUGGACCUAUCGGGUCUUGAAGGUACAUGUCUGCAAAUCCCUUUCAAGUGAUGCAGACUUUGUCAUAGACCUUUGGAGCUGCCCUUCUGUACAUACCCACUGAUGAUGGAACAUGUCUGGGUGAUUUGCUAUCUAGUACAUUUUUUCCUGAAUCUAAGGUAAAGUUUAAGCAAGAGGAAUUAUACCAAUAGACAGGUGGUUUGCCAGGCUCUUACAGUUCAGCGGCAGCAUUGUAUACAAGAAGUUCUGAAUUUCAGCACCUUCACUGUGCUUUAGUCUCUCCUUCCUACUGGCAUUUUUGAAGCUGGUCUGAGGUGGAGAAGCAAAAUCCUUCGCUGAUGCUCACCUUCAAAGUGGCAGUGUCUUCCAACUCAGUAAGAUCUAAAAUGGAGUUGCCCACUCUUGCUCUGGAUCCAUCUUCAUCCACAUGCCUGGCAGAUGUGAAGCUUUUCACAGCAGGCCAUCUUAACCUCUGCAGGAGGAAGCUGGUGCCCACAGGAACUGUGUGGCAUUGUAGUAGCGUGCCAAUAGAGAAGUGGAUGGGCUGGCACAUGUGCAUGCAUGGCCUAGGACGAUUAUACAAGCACGGGGAGAGUAAUUGAGCAAAGUGUAUGUGCAUGAAACGUUUGGCUAGCUUGCAAUAUGCUCCACUUUGUGGACUGUGCAUAUGUUAAUUUCAAAGCUUUCCCAAGAUUGGUUUUCAGUCACAGCCAAGGCAUAUACAAGGAGCACCCAUGGCCUAGAGGGCAUCAGUACUGUAAAAUGGAGUUACAGAUUUAUUCUGUAUUUUUAACCCUUUGCAAUGGGAUUGUGGCAUGAGGUUGCAGAAGUCACCAUGACAUGGCAUAGCAUCAGUAUGAAUCUGUUCCCCCUUCACAGAAAGCAUCUGUGCAUAUAUCGGAUGGGCUGUUGUAAAUACACAGCUUGUAAUGGCUCUGUCCUCGGGUCCCUCUUUGUCCCAGAGCUGCUGCUCAUGCUUCCAAAACUAGGGACAGAGAUUGUCGUCACUUCUGGCAGCAGAGGUGGCAUUUCUCCCACACCAAUGUGCUAACACAGUCAUGUUGUUCUAGUCUGUCCUAGUUACAGAAUGAGCCAAGACACAGCUACAGGACAGGAAAUAGGCAGGCCUAGGUACGGAGAGUAGGAUGAGUGCUUACUCAGAUUAGGAAGCAGAUUUAAAACACAAGAAGGCAGAAGGAUUUGUGGGGGGUUUGUUUCCUUUUUAAACAAGUAGUUAUAUGACAGAACUUACUGCCAAGAGAUUUCAGAGGAUUUGGCUAAGGUAUAAAUAGCUUUAGAAAGUGCUUAAGUUAAUUCCUGGGGUAUGGGUCCAUCAGUACUCUUAAACCUAAUGGUCCAGAUGGAAGCUACAGCUCAGUAAACCUUGGAGUGCCAGACAGUGGGAGUUUAUCACCUGAUGAAGGAUUGCUCUACAUGCACCUUGUUCCACCAUAUUUUUCUUUAUGCACCUGCCUCUAAAAGAGAAAGAAUACUUAGCAGGAAGGACUUUUCAUCUGACCCAGUAUAUCUAUUCUCUUAUUACAUCUUGAAGAGAAUGUGUACAUUCAGUAAGGGACUGAUCCUUUCACAAAAUUGCUGGAUUUAAGUUGAAUGUUCUUCCAAGUCUAGUUUGUGACGUAUAGAAAUAAUUGUAGGUAAGACAGGGUGCUAAUCAGAUUUCCUUUGCUGAGCAGACAGACGUAAGUGGCAGUGUAGAAACUGACUUGUUAAAAUAGUACCUGUGCUGUAGCUCACAGAAUCGUUGAGCUUGGAAGGGACCCCUCAAGAUAAUCUAGUUCAACCUCCAUGCUCAAGCAAGGUCAACUAGACCAGGUUGCCCAGGACCAUGUCCAGCCAGGUUUUGAACAUCUCAAAGGAUGCAGACUCCACAACAUCUCUGGAUGACCUAUACCAGUGUUUGAGCACCCUCACAGUAAAAAAUUGUUUUCUUUUGUUCAGCUCACCCAGUAUCUUUUCUCUUUCUGAACAUGGUGACACUGGGUACUGCCAGAGUGGCCUGGUGCCACUACACCAAACAGUUCUGGAAUAUCUUCCUCACAAAAAGAGUUGGCAUUAGUGGGUAGGUCUAAAAACUCCCCAGUGCAUUUUGUAGUUGUGUACUCUAUUUUUGCAUAAAUAUCCAGUCCUCCUUUCUAGUUUUUAGCUUUUUGCCUCAUAGAUGUUUUGUAAUAAUGACUUUCACAGGCUACCUUUUUCUGUCACCAGUUACCAAGGACUCUGGCUGUCUCUAGCGGACCUGUCCUACAGAAGGAUAGAAAGUUUACAUCUGCCAGCACUGUGGCACUAAGCAGGAUUAUGGGAUGCUUCUAUCCCACUUCCAAACUUACUGGUAUCUUUUCAAGCCCUUAAUAUCUCUGGCUACGCAUGGGGAGGAAAAAAGAGAAGAGGGAGGGGAAAAAAAGAGAAGAGGAAAAGGGCAAGCAGCUUUUACUAACCCCAUUUAAGCAGAUUUGUUUCCCUAUGCUGCAGAAAGGAUAAUUGGCCUUGGGAGCUGGUGCGGAGCGUUUCUUCAGCUUGACUGUUUAGUGUUCUCAAAGGCCCAGUCUAUCUUCUCUUGACAGAGUUCCCCCCCUAAGGUUUGAGAACAGCUGUGCCUGCAAUAGAGGUGCUGACUGGAGCUAUUCUCAACACAAACCAAUUAGGUAUUACACACAACAGUUACAGUGAUUAGUAUCUGAGAGGGGGUUCUUUUUGAAUGGAUGUUUCUGGGAGGGAGCUGCAACCUCCAGGGAAUGGUUUUUGAGAAAAAAGCAACUGAACAAGGCAUUUCUCAGACACUCUGACCCAGUGACUUAAGCAUCAGGUACAAAUGUUACUUGUGGCUGUGACUCUAACCUCAAAUCCCAGCAGAGGCUUGUAACUACAUGUUUCCCAGUGCCACAUGAUUGCUUGCUUGAUCUCGUCUGCAUUUUCAAAAAUGAUGCCCAUUUUCCCUGCUCCUAACAGGAAAAUUUCACUUUCAGAACAUAGCUUUUAAUCUCUCAUGCAAUUCCAGUCAUAUUUUACUGGAAAAUUUUGGAUGAAUGUAUAAAGCACUGCCUUUACAAUGCAGUGGGAGGGGACUACAGCUCAUUCGGCUAGUAAGGGAACAUACCUGCACUGUGCUGCUGCUGAUGAUAAGUGGCACGGGCUCUGAUUUGGCUCACUGGCAGCAUAGCAGCAGGGAUUGGAGUUGUUGCCCAUGUCACUCUCCACUCAUCCCCUAGGUCUACUAUUUAGUGCCCACCAAUGGGAUGAUCAGUUUCUGAAACACAAAAGGAAAGAAAGUAAAGCAUGUGGCUGUAGGGCUGAUGGCAUUGCCAGACCCUUGAACCAGCAAUUGUGAUCCCAACCAACCCUUGAUAUUCAGAGCAUUGGAAUGUGCUCAAAGUUGUUUUUACCAUGUGCACCAGGUGAAUGAGGGAGAGGGGAGUGACACACAUUUGUGUGUGUUUGUCAGCUUGUGUCAUGAAGCAUUAACUCUGCUCAGUCUUUAUAAAAGAAAAGUAGUAUUGCCGGUCCAAACAAAAAUAAAAGAGCCCCAGUCCCACAAUAUGCUCAUUCUUUUGAAGUGCUGAAGUAAUUUUAUCAGCCCUAGAUCCCCUUGUUUGCAGUGCUUCUAUUGGAGUCUUUCCUUGGUUCCCAGUCUGAAAUUGAUUAUUCUAAGAUUAAUCAUUUUAAGGUUCAGAGAACAACCUUCUGUUUCUGGAACACAGGACAGUCUCAAAAGUCUCUAGGCUUAAUUUUUUACAAAGAGAAAUUGCAAUAUUUGGCUGCAUAAGACAGAAAAGGUCAUAAGGAUCAUACUUUGGGCAGUAGCAGUGGGGAAUUGGGUCCUCUAGAUUCUACUUCCAGAUUCUGACAGAGAAUAAAAUGCAAGGCAAGACAAGACUGUUGGUUUCCAUCCUACCUUUCUCACUGCUUUGUGCACAUCUUUUGGUCAUUCACUUCACUUCCCUAUUGCGAAGUUUCCCCAAGGUAAAACUGUACAUUGUAAUAAACAAUGACAAGAGUCCUAGUUAAAGCUUUCAAAGUUAUAAUUGCUUGAGGUCAAUGUAUAAACAGCACUCUUGAAUCGCCAGAGAAGAGAUAAACAAGUGUUCCUUCAGUGCUCAGUAUUGUUUUCUUUCAGUCAAUCAUUUCAACACCCUGUCAAAGAACCAGAGCCUUACCUAUGUCACUUUCAUGGUGGAAGAAGAAAGUUACCUGGAGAAUUGUCCUUGCUACUGAAUCCUCUAGCAGACUCCAUGUGGUAUGUACCAUCCUUGGUGCUAUUAAAUCCUUCAAAAGAACCAUUUGUUAUGGAGCCGUGGCAGAAUGAUCCAGUCUCACCUGUUUUGUAGUGGACAUCUAAG